UAAUCUUUCUUCUUUUUCUCCAUAGAUUAAUGGGUAGUUUCGAUAUCUGAGAAUGUAGAAACUCUCUCUCUCCGUGUCUCUCUUUGUGGGGUGGGUAUCUUGGUUAUGGAGUAGUUUCAGUGAGGUCAUUAAUGGGUUUGGUAGCUUUGUGGCUCUCUGUCUCUCUGUUUGUCUGUCUGUCUGUCUUUCUCUCUCACUCCAUCAAGUUUAUUUAUUUUUUCUUUUCACAUAUGUAUGUUAAACUUGCGAUCGCUUUUCUAUUCUAUGUUUUCAGGUUUCUUUUAUUUCCACCCUAGUUUUGUUUUUGAGUAUUUCUCUGAUGGGCUUUUCAAAUCCAUUCCAUGCUUUUAUUCACCUGAUGCUGCUGCUUCCCAGGGAGCUAAACAUACUCAGAACUUGCUUUAUUCACUUGAUGCUGCUGCUUAUAUUUUGGGCAUUUAUUUCUGAUAACACUAAUCCUUUGUUGCCUAUCUCAUCUGGUACUUAAAUAGUCGGGCAUGACCAACUCUGAAGCUUGCUGGUUGUAAUUGUAUUCGCAUUGUUGAAAGUGCCAGUCUUUGAGAGUGCUUUUGUUUUCUGGUGGAUCCUAAUUGGGGUUGUUUAUUUACAUGGAAAGACAGGCUGGAGAUCAUUUUGAUGGAGUUCCAUUUUAUGGGCCAAAGAGUGAUAUUUCUGGGCCUGAGAUAAGCAACCGGCUUGCGGGUAGUAAGCGAAGUAAUUCUGAUUCUUUUAUGGGGUCAUCAAGAGAUGGGGUCCCUCAAAUCGGACCAGAAUCUCUUGAGAGCUCACACUUGAUGAAGAUACUUCGGAAUGGAACUGGAGGAGAUCGACCUAGGAGGUCCAGUGAUGAGGAGCUAUUCUUGGGUAUGCAGUCGCUGAGGCCAACUUCUGCCUCCCUCAUAUUACAGCCACCCACUGGUAGUAGAACUGAUGUCAAUCUUUCCAAAUGGGAUCGAUCUGUUACCAUGAAUGUGAACCCCACAGUGCAGUACCCUCUGCGUGCAGGUCAAUUUGCUCCUUUCUUGCAUCAAGUACCUCCAAACAGAUUUAAGGAUGCUAAUUCUGGCAAUGCUGGUCCUUCAAAUUUAUCCCAACCAGCUGCUGAUGAAGGUUCUAGAACUGGAAUUAAAGGAUCUGGGAUCCUGAGUUCCAUUACUGCCAAUGCCAGUGGCAGUGUCUCUGAGAGAAACCCAUCUGGGUUGCUGCCAAGUGGCAACAGACCAAAGUCUAGGACUCAUAUUUUGGAGCCAGAGUCUUCUACUGCUCCAAGUCGACUUGGAUCGACAUCUUCUAGUCGGCAGAUGACUAUAUUUUAUGGUGGUCAAGCUCAUGUUUUUGAUGAUGUCCACCCAAACAAGGCAGAUGUAAUAAUGGCCUUAGCUGGAUCAAACGGAGGAUCCUGGUCCACGACUUACUCUCCAAAAUCUACUGUGAAACCAGUUGGUGAAAGCACACCCAAUGGAGAUAAUGAAACUGGUAUGGCUGGCAACUCCAUGUUCCCGAGGGAAUUUCGAGGAAGGUUGUCUCUCACUGGCAAUCCUAGUCAAGGGUAUGGCUCUGGUGACCGAAUCUUGACGCUGACAGGGGCCCCUCAAGGUGUCAAUAUACCUAAAGAUACAAGAAAUCCAGUGAAAGCAGCCGAACCCAGUACUGAAGAAAAAAGAAGAGAGGUAUGAUGUGGAAGAGUCUGGAUUAGCCUUAUUUAACUCAGUUCUAUUGAUAGCCUUUUGAGGCAAGAAAAGAGUUUGUUUUCUCUUAUUUUUGUUCAUUUCCCCGUCUCUGGUAUCCUUUAGGCCUCUUUUUCUCUUGGGGUUUUCCUUGUUUUGUUUAUAUAGACCUGAUUAGGCAGUCCGAGGCACAAGCAGAGACAAUGCUAUGAACUUCACAUCUGCUUAUGAUUAGUAUUUGUCAUUUUUUUGUCUCUUUAAAUUUGAAUAUUCUUUCUUUUUGUUGAACUUGUGUUUCAUUGCAAAAUAGAGGCCAAUUAAACUGUGACCAUCAACUUGUGUGUGAGAAAGACAGCAUAUCUGAACAAUCCAAGCGUUUUCGAGGUGCUCUUGUGAUAUGGCACUGCUCAAAGGUCACAAGGAGUCAUCAUCUCAGUGAGAUCUCAUACUGUGCUUAAGGAAUGGAAAUCCCAUUCUGAAAUCUAAAUGGUUUCGUUUCAAUGGUGGGGGAUGACUAUAAGCUCUUGUCUGAAUGAUUUAGCAAAUGCAUUUCUAUGCAUACAGUUUGAAACAUUAUGGAAUGAGAUUGAUUUGUUGAUGACUAA